GAAGGUCACGCUGCUGCGCAGUGGGGACAGUGCAGAGUCCGGGAUCCCACCGGUGCACUGGGGCUCAGCGGCACUCCGAAGCGACCAGCCAUCAUGUUUUGGGGUCUCCUUUCCCUCCUCCUCUUCUCCGUGGCCAGCGGGACGCCCAUCGGGGACCAGGAUGAGGAUAUCCAAGUGCAGGAGAAUUUUGAGGCUGAGCGGAUGUAUGGGAAGUGGUACGACAUCGCCAUCGGCACGACCUGCAAGUGGAUGAAGAACUACAAGGAGAAGUUCAGCAUGGGCACACUGGUGCUGGGCCCCGGCCCCAGCGCCGACCAGAUCAGCACUGCCAGCACCAGGCUGCGGCAAGGCGACUGCACGCGCACCUCGGGAGAGUACCAGAAAACCAGCACCCCCGGCAAAUACACCUACUACAACCCCAAAUGGGAUGUGUCUAUCCAGUCCUAUGUGCUCCGCACCAACUACGAAGAAUACGCUGUCAUUCUGAUGAAGAAGAAAAGUAGUUUUGGCCCAAGCACCACCCUGAAGCUGUACGGAAGGAGCCCAGAGCUGCGGGAGGACCUCAUCGAGGCUUUUCAGCAGUUGGCUCUGGAGAUGGGCAUCCCUGCAGACUCCAUCUUUAUCCUGACCAACAGAGGUGAAUGCAUCCCCCAGGUGACUGCAACUGCCUCCCAGAGGGCGCGGAGAGCGGUCCUGCCCCCCGAGGAGGGCUCGGCCGUGGGACCCCUGCCCCCUUACGUCGGCAAUAAGGAAGACUCGUGCCGGCUGAGCCGGGACCCCGGGCCCUGCAGCGGGAUGCUCUCCCGCUUCUUCUACAACUCCUCCUCCAUGGCCUGCGAAACCGAGUGCCUGCAGGCGUGCCGGACGGAGGGUGAGCGGGGCCACCGGGAGGCAUCCCGGCGGACGUUCAGCUACGGAGGCUGCAAGGGCAACGGGAACCAGUUCUACUCGGAGAAGGAGUGCAAGGAGUACUGCGGGGCUCCUCCGCUGGCAGAGGAUGAGGAGUUUCUGCAUCUGUCAAACUGA